UACAUUUCUCUAGCGUGGCUCUACAUUGAUUCUUCCCCUGGCAUCUGUUGGAGAGUUGGCUAGUCUGAAGAGACUAUUGGAAAUCUGUGAAAAGGGGAAUGAACCUCCAUUCAACUUUGAAACAGGACACCCACAGGAACAAGGAAAUACACUUGUAAUUUUCUAAUAAUAAUAAUAAUAUGACACGAUUUUCUGAAAGGGUCAUAUUUGCGCACUCUCAAUCCUUCUUGAUCAACAUAGAAACUAAAAGUUGAUUUUCCUUUCUUUUCUGAUCAGCUGUCAGAUUUCAUGGAAUAGACUCUUAUGCGAAAGAAGGCGAAGUCACAGCCUUUCUCGACAGGGAGGAGGUUUACAGGAAGGUCUCUGAGCCACAACUUAUCAUACACCUUCCAGCCUCCGGACGCGCUCCACUCUCUGCUGUGCGCUUCGCGGUUCAGAAAAUGGAAAAUAAGAUAAACGGAAGAAUGAGCACCAUCAGUACUCCGAUGGCUGAUUCUACCGAUACAAGAGUAAGUGAUUUGAUUGAAGCUGGGUACAGCAAUACUAAAUUAUCUAACGAGUCACAGUCUCAAACUUGCAUGUCCUCCUCCGUGCGUAAUUUUGGAAACGCCGGCACACUGAUCCACGGGGUACAUUCAAGUGGCGACGGCGCAGUUUUCAAAGAGUGUAACAUACUCGAUGGUUCACUUGCUACAAAACACUUUUAUGACCGUGGCAGUGAGUAUCUCAAGUGUGACAGCGUGCCUUGGGAAGAUCUUGUAAAAAUUCAGAGGACUAAUGUGGCUACAUCCGAAAGUUUGCCAGGAGCAAGUGUAAGCCUCUCCACGACAACCGGAGCGUGUAAGUUCAUCAAAAACGAAAAUGAGCCUUCUGUAAUUAUGGACACCCCCUGUCCCAACUUUGAUCCGUCAUCGGAGAUACCUGCGCUUGAUACCUGCUGUGACACCGACAGGAAGCAGCAGAUGGGUCUUAGUGACGGGGAGUCAACGAGCUUCAGGUCAGCCACGGCGGCUCCCCGACCGGGGCUGGAGGGUUCUCCAAACUUUCUGAUUGACCUGAACCAGUCUGAGCAGCUACCGGCUCUGACCCAGAUGAGGACUGACUCCAGGUGUGGUUUGUCCGGGAAGUCUGUCCUCAACUUUGAUGCUAACGCGCAAGCAACCUCGCAACAGGCGAUGUUCAAAAACGAGGUUCCCCGUUGGCAGAUGCAAACGUCUCCGGCUGAUCCUCAGUACUGGUGCCAGUCCACAGGCGUGACUGAGGACCCGUUCACACACAGUGGCUAUGAUGUGAUCCAGAACCAGACCCUGUCCCAGAGGAACCCGUCACCUUUCUCUGCAUUCCCCGGUAUGCCACCUCAGAGACUGUGUGUGAUCUGUGGUGAUGAGGCAUCUGGUUGCCACUAUGGAGUCUUAACCUGUGGGAGCUGUAAAGUCUUUUUUAAAAGAGCAGUUGAAGGCCAUCAUAGCUAUCUCUGCGCUGGGCGAAAUGACUGCAUUGUGGACAAAAUCCGGAGGAAAAAUUGCCCUGCAUGUCGCCUCCGCAAGUGCUAUCAAGCGGGAAUGAUGCUCGGAGGCAGGAAGUUGAAGCGUUUUGGAGCCUUGAAAGCCUUGGGUUUGGCCCCAUCCCUGAUGUUCCAGUCCCACUUGACCAUGUCCAGUGACAGUCAGGCCUUGACCUCCAUGUCUUGCAUACCAGGCAUCCGUGAGGUGCAGCUCACCCAACAGAUCAUCAGUAUCCUGGAAAACAUUGAACCAGAGAUCAUGUACUCUGGUUAUGACAACUCCCAGCCCGAUGUUCCCCAUCUUUUACUCACCAGUCUCAACAGGCUGUGUGAGAAACAGCUGCUGUGGAUCGUCAAGUGGUCCAAGUCUUUGCCAGGGUUUCGCAAUCUUCAUAUCACUGAUCAGAUGACCCUCAUCCAGUACUCCUGGAUGAACCUUAUGGUGUUCUCGCUUGGGUGGCGCUCCUUUCAGAACGUCACCAGUGAAUAUUUAUACUUUGCACCUGAUCUGGUUCUUAGCCAGGAGCAAAUGAGGAGAUCUCCAAUUUAUGACCUCUGCCUGGCGAUACAGUUUAUUCCUCAGGAGUUUGCAAAUCUUCAAGUUACCCGUGAGGAGUUUCUCUGCAUGAAAGCCAUAAUCCUACUCAACACAGUGCCUCUUGAGGGACUCAAAAGUCAGGCAGCAUUUGAAGAAAUGAGACAAAACUACAUCCGGGAGCUGACAAAGGCUAUCCACAUGAGGGAGAAGGGCAUGGUGGCCAGCUCACAGCGAUUCUACCACCUCACCAAACUGAUGGACGCCAUGCAUGAUAUAGUGAAGAAGGUCAACCUGUUCUGUCUGAGUACCUUCAUCCAGGCAGAUGCCAUGAAAGUGGAGUUUCCGGAGAUGAUGUCAGAGGUCAUUGCCUCUCAGCUUCCCAAGGUCCUGGCUGGCAUGGUGAGGCCCCUCUUAUUCCACACCAAGUGACAGUGCCGGCACAGACAUCACGACUCUGCGGAGACAUCUUGUGACUGGAUUAUUCGCCCCACAAUUACAAAUGUAGUCAGUUAUCUUUGCCAAACUGCCUCUAACACUCUUCACGAGGUGAACUAGAGUGAACAUGCUCCUUAAAAAUAUGCAUCUUGAAUAUUAUAAAUUCAGAGGCAUCAAUCAAUAAAGCUCCUGUUUAAUUCUGGUGUAGCCACCCUUUCCCAUCCUACAACUUGUGUACAGAUGGUACUUACUAACUGAUAUGCAGUAGGUUUUGAGAACCCCUAGAGAUACUGAUAUUUUUGUACUAAAGCUGUAAAAAAAAAAAAAAGAAAUCAAAGAUAAAAUUCAAAUAUU